AUGCCACCAAAGAAGAAAGGAAGGCCAAGGAAGGAACAGUAUGAACCAAAUCAGGCAUCAUGUAAUAGGUCUGAGAGGCAGGAACUUGUCCCUAUGCCACCAAAGAAGAAAGGAAGGCCUAGGAAGGAACAAUUUGAACCCAGUCAAGCAUCAUGUGAUAGGUAUGUGAGGGGAUGUGAGGAACAAGUGAAAAUUUUGUUUGACAAUGAAGAUAUUGAUGAUGACAGUCUGGUUGAUAUGAUGUCCACUUUUGAAGCUUCUCUUAGCCAACCAAAGGAUAAUUAUCAGAAAAGUGAUGGAUUCCAAGAUGCAAUGGAUGCUAUUAUUCAAAGUAUUCUUCAUGCUAAUGAUGACAAAGGUGUUGAGGAAGUUGAACCUGGCCUGACAAAAAAAACUUGA